AGCGAUGGCUUGCAAGUGUCAUUACUUGUCUAAAAUCCUGAGAGAUAAGAUGAUCGUUCCCUUCCGACAAUAGCACUUUUUGGAAGCCAGAAGACAGUGAGAGUCGGGAUGGCAUUAAAUAAGGCAGGAUACCUGGUUGUUCUUCUGGUUAUAUACUACAGUCUGGAGAAUCAGGGAUACACUCAGUCUCUGAAUGUUUUCUUUGAGGAAUUCAUGGGUUCAAAAGCAUCACACGUUCAUGCCAGAGAGAGAAGAGCCACUACUUUAAAUUCUUUUGAUUAUGUACUCCAAGCUGUUAUAAACAUCUCAGACCUGGAUGGUUUUCAAGCAUUUUUAAGAACGCUGAACUUUACUUUAGUGUUCAACAACACUGUUGAAGUUACCAGCAUUAACACCACAACAGUGUGUGCAUCAGAUAUUUCUGGAUACCAGUGCACAUGUGAGCAGAGUUAUGCUUGGUCAUAUAACAGCUGCACUAACUACGGAGCCUGUGAUACCAUCAUUGGUGACACUUGUGGAUGCAUCAAUGCCCUUCCAGUAAAUGGCCAGUUCUGCCAGUUAAACACCAGUCAAACAGAGCCAACACCAUCACCUACACCACCAAAUGGCACGGUGGACAUUGAUAUAGUCCUUGACCUGCGUGUUCCAGUCCUCAGUAUGCCAAAUUUCAUUACUCUAUUCAGAGAACGUCUGAAUCUUUUCCCACUGCCCUACACCGUCACUGAGACUUUAAAAGUAAUAGAUGUAAAUUUCACCACAGGAUGCUAUCCAACCAAUGGAACCCUGCAGUGUCACUGUGAGGAGAACUUUGCUUGGUCAUGUAACAAGUGUAUCAAUGCGUGCAACAAUGUCACUGGACAAACCUGUGGGUGCAUCAAUGGACUUCCUACUGACGAAGAGUUCUGUGAACCAAUCACAACUAUCACUCAAUGUCCAACCCCACCUAAUGGCACGGUGGACAUUGAUAUAGUCCUUGUCUUGCGUGUUCCAGUCCUACGUAUGCCAAAUUUCAUUACUCUAUUCAGAGAUGGUCUGAAUCUUUUCCCGCUGCCCUACACCGUCACUGAGACUUUAAAAGUAAUAGAUGUAAAUUUCACUACAGGAUGCUAUCCAAACAAUGGAUCACUGCAGUGUCACUGUGAGGAGAACUAUGCUUGGUCAUGUAACAAGUGUAUCAAUGCAUGCAACAAUGUCACUGGACAAACCUGUGGGUGCAUCAAUGGACUUCCUACUGACGGAGAGUUCUGUGAACCAAUCACAAAAAUUACUCCAUGUCGUCCAACACCUUCCGUGACAUCAACAACUCUAUCAACAACUCCGACAUCAACAACUACAACAUUAACAACUACGACAUUAACAACUCCGACUUCAACAACUACGACAUCAACAACUCUGACACCAACAACUGCGAGUUCAACAACUCCGACUUCAACAACUCCGACUUUAACAACUACGACAUCAACAACUACGACAUUAACAACUACGACAUUAACAACUCCGACUUCAACAACUACAACAUCAACAACUCCGACACCAACAACUCCGACACCAACAACUGCGACUUCAACAACUCCAACAUCAACAACUCCGACACCAACAACUCCGACAUCAACAACUACGACUUCAACAACCCCGACACCAACAACUCCGACUUCAACAACUACGACAUCAACAACUACGACAUCAACAACUACGACUUCAACAACCCCGACACCAACAACUCCGACUUCAACAACUACGACAUCAACAACUACGACAUCUACAACUCCACCAACAGAAGAAAGGACCUUGGAGUUUGGCAUGGAUAUGGAAUUUAAGUCGUCAUUCAAUAACCCAGAGAACACGGUUUACAUAAACACCAAGAAAGCUAUUCAAGAACAAUGUGCGAAGAACAUCAAAGGUUUCAAAAGUGUUAAGUUAAAUGGGUUCCGGAGUGGAAGCACCAUCGCUGGAUAUACCAUAAGUGCAAGCUCUUUUCAAGAAACGGAAAUUGAAGCAGUAAAGGAUGGGAUAUUUACACAGCUGUCAAAAAUAUACGCUAUGAUCAUUGAUAGCCCAACAAAGCUGAAGUUUGAACCACCUGAAGAAUUUGUUGGGAAAAGAGUGAAAGUGACGUGUGGUCCUCCACCAGAGAUUUUUGGUACCGAUUGGGACACUGUGUGGAAACGUAACGAUGAGAUAAUAAACAAAGAUACCCAACACGAGUUUUCAACACAAGAUGGAGCAGCAAUAUUAACCAUGCCAAGAGUUUUUAACACAGAUAAUGGAAUUUAUAAAUGUCAGCUGAAAAGCAGAAGUUCUGGAUCAGUUUUCAGACAGACAUCAGGCACAUUCACUGUCAAAACGAUACCAGUGAUCCAAGUGUCACCAAUCAGAAAAACGGUUGAUUGUAACACCGAAAAGGUCGUGAAACUAAGUUGCUUCAUCAACAGCCCCUAUGAGGUCACAUUUAUAGGCAGGGAUGCAGGCCCCGGUAAUUCAAUUACUGAUGAGUUUUCAAUCGAGGUCUGUGAAAAUGGAGAACAUGAGAUCACUUGUCAAGAGAAAAAUAAUCCGGAAUUUAAAAAAGUCAUAACACUGGGGUUUAGCACCGAGGAGUUUGCAUGUGUCGAUGAUACAGAAUUUGGUAAUGGAUUUGAGGAUGACGUUGGUUUUGCUCCCUGUGACCAAGACAAAGUGGGAAAUAAGACAGCAGUUUGUAGGGAUGGUGAAUGGCAAGAUCGACAAGACAACUGUGUUCUAGCACCAGUUCAGGAGCUUCUCGAUCAGUCUGAGUUUUUAAAUAACAAUUCACUGCCAGAAUUCUUGGACCAACUCAGCAACGUCACUAGAAACUUCAUAACAGAAGUGGUUGAUUCUCCUGCCAACAUCAAUGCCAUCGUUAGUAUACUUAUCAAUGUAGCCAGCGCAGCAGCAUCGGGUAUCCAAAUAAACAGAACUCUGAUGAAGAAUAUCCUAUUAACUGCAGGAGUGCUCACUACAGAUGGAGCAAAGGAUUCAUGGAACACUCUAAACAACCAAAACAACGAAAUCUCAGAAACAAGAAGCGUCAGCAGCUCCAGAAAUGUGUCAAAAAGUGUCAGCUCAUCAUUAUUGCAGUCUCUUGAGACUAUAACAACUCGCCUUAGCGACGACUCUUUUGUGAUUGACACUGAGUCUAUACUCUUGAACAAAACUACAUUCACAGAACCUUUCAAUCUUGAUUUUUCUUCAGUCGAGAUAGACAUACCAGAGCCUGAGUCUGGAGAAAAAAAUCUGGGAAUUACUUUGAUGGUUUUUGCCUCAUUGGACAAUGUGCUCCCUGCAAGAGACAAAAAAAAUUCAGGCAUCUUUGAUAUCAAUGGAAGAGUGCUACUUGUUCAGUCCAAUGCCACUAUCAAUAAUGUUUCGUUCACAUUCGAUAUUUUGAACGAUACUCUGCAGAACCCUCAGUGUGUUUUCUGGAACUUCAGCCUCUUUGAGGGUCAGGGGGGAUGGGAUGACGAGGGGUGUGAGUUGGAAUUCCAUGUAAAUGAAACCGUUGUAUGCAUCUGCAACCACCUGACCUCGUUCUCUAUUCUGAUGUCACCCUACGUUCCAAAUUCUGUGAACUUGGAUAUUAUAACCUACUUUGGAGUUGGCAUAUCCAUGGCUUCAUUGGUCAUAUGCCUCAUUAUUGAAGGUGUCAUAUGGAAAAAAAUAAGGAGAAACAACACAUCUUACUUGCGUCAUGUUUCAAUUGUUAACAUCGCUGUGUCUCUCCUGAUUGCAAACAUUUGGUUUAUUAUUGGGGCGGCCAUUUCGAAUGCGGAGGACGAAAAUGUAUCAGCAUGUUCUGCAGCUACAUUUUUUAUACAUUUUUUCUACCUUGCCCUCUUUUUCUGGAUGUUAGCCUCAGCUCUGCUGUUGAUCUACCGCACAGUCAGUGUCUUCGAUGGGGGUUUGUCUAAAAAAGCUAUGUUGGCUAUUGGAUUCUCACUAGGCUACGGGGCACCUCUCAUCAUAGCCAUCAUAACUAUAGCUGUAACUGCACCAUCAAAAGCAUACAUCCGAGGAAUUGGAGUUUGCUGGCUCAACUGGGAAAAGUCCAAAGCUCUACUGGCAUUUGUAAUCCCUGCACUGUUAAUUGUGCUGAUAAACCUUAUAAUCCUGCUUGUGGUGAUAUACAAGAUGUUGAGGAGAAGGGCAGUGGGAGAUGCUGCGCAAGCAGCUGAGAGGCACGUUCUUGUGGUUAUUGCCAGGAGUUUGGCUGUCCUCACACCGUUUUUUGGAUUAACUUGGAGCCUUGGAGUCGGAACCAUGACCGACCCAACCAACGAAGGAAUCCAUAUUGCAUUUGCAUUCUUCAAUUCACUCCAGGGUUUCUUCAUAUUAGUGUUUGGAACGCUGUUGGACAAAAAGGUGCGGUCAGAAAUAGCAGCAAAGUCACAAAUUUCAAGUGGGACGAGGAGCACCAGUGCCGGAAACUCAUCAACAAGUGGAUUGGGCUUUUUCCGAAACUGGAGAAGAGAAAGAAGAGAUGGUUACAAUAUAUCAUCUAGCGGCUCCGGUGAAGCUCACUCCUUUUCCAACACAUGAUGAUCUUGUGACAGCACCAGUCAGUCGGAAUGAUCACCCCAGCUGUUUCACAAAUUUCUUUCUCCAUUGCAGCUAUAAUGUAUGAAGGUUCGAUUUGAAAGAUGAUGUAACAGUCAUGAAGAGCCAGGGUGGGAAGACAAAACUUUCAAAAUAUGAGUGCUUAAUGCUUUGUUUAUUUCAUCAAGGCACUGCUCACAACAGCAUUAUGUAAUACACACCGCAAAAAUAUUUAUUAUACUGCAUAAUGUUGGAUGUAUAGUAUUAAUUUCACUGUAGUCAUUGCUUUUAUCCAUUUUUAGUACAUUAGUAUAUUAGUACAAACAAAAAGAGUUGUACGUGUAUGUACAUGCUUAAUACGCAUACCACACAAAGAGAAUAUAUAGAGAGAGAUUAUAUCUGAUGUCCUGUGCGACUGAUGCAGCAUUUGUAUGUGUUUUUGUCUCCAGGAAGUCACAUACAGUAUAUUUAGUGAUAGUGCAGAUAGCAAGUAGAUGCAAAAUGGUUCUAGUUUUGGUUUACUUUGCCAAUCAAAUCAGUUAGACAAGGCUAGGCUGUCUUACACAGAUCAGUAAGCUUGUUUACUCAGUGGGUGGCAUCACAAUGACAAAUUGACUUGGGCAGAGCUAUCAGUCAAAUAGAAUAGAAUAUACCCAGAGUUACUUGGAAAGAUAUAUAUAUAUAUAUAUAUAACAGUUUCUACUCCACCGCACAAAACCCUGAAGAGCCCCUGAACACAUACCAUUUAAUAUUUAGGUGUACUUUGUGCAGUAGUACUGUGUGACAUAAAACUGAACAUAGGUCUUUUAUAUAGUUUUGUAUAGUUUAGAGUUUAGAAUAGUUAUAAAAGAAAGCUUCAGGUUCUCUGCACUUUACACAUUUGAUGUUUUAUUUGUGUGUGUGUUUUUUGUGUCUUCAUUUUGUUCUGCCAUAAAUGUGGUGUUUGAUGCAUUUUGCAACUACAAUAUUUUUUGUAUUUGUCUUGAAUUUGUAAUACAGCAUAUGUACCAGUUCUACAAAUGAAAUGAAAACUUAAAUAA